AUGGAGGCAAUAGUCGUGAUCUACACGGUGUUGGAGUUGCUCAUCGGCGCUAGCUGCUGUCUUGGUAAUGCGCUGGUCAUUUUGGCGCUGCGGGCCAGUAAAAGCCUUCGCCAGCCCACCUUCUGCCUCAUCGUCUCUCUGGCUGUCACCGACUUUCUGGUCGGCAUCGUGGUCGUUCCCAUAGCGCUGUUCGUGGACAGCAGAGUAGAGACGUCUUUCCACGGCUGUCUCUUCCUCAGCUGUGUGACCAUCCUGUUGACCCUGGUCUCAGUUUUGUGUCUCCUGGCCAUUGCAGUGGACCGCUUCCUCCGGGUGUUUGUACCUCUCAGGUACAAAAGGACAGUAACGCAGAGACACUCUUGCCUUGUGGUAGCAGCGUGUUGGCUGCUUGGAAUCCCCCUGAGUUUUGCUCCCAUGCUUGGAUGGAACAAAAAUGGCUCCGUGUCCAACUCGACUAUUGAAUGCAAGUUCAUAGAUGUGAUCCCCUUGUCAUACCUGGUGUACUUCAACUUCUUUCUCUGCAACCUGGUACCUCUGACCGUGAUGACUGCGUUGUACGGCUACAUUUUCUGCACCAUCCGAGGAAACCUUCGAGAGAAACCAGGCAACAGGCCCCAAAACUCAUCUCAGGACUACCUGAAGAAGGAGAAACAGCUGGCAGGGUCUCUGUCUCUGGUCUUGUUUCUGUUUGCCGUGUCCUGGCUCCCUCUCCACAUUAUGAACACCAUUAAUUACUUUACAUCACCAGGUUCUGUACACGAAAUAGCUAUCUAUGUUGGCAUCGUGCUCAGUCACGCUAACUCGGCUGUAAACCCAGUCGUGUAUGCGUUCAAAAUAAAAAAGAUCAGGACAGGCUACAUGAAGCUCUGGAGAAAGUACGUAACAUGUGGAGAAGAAAAACCAGUGAGUCAGACAUCGCAGUCGACAGACAACAGUAACAAUGACACCUGAGGACCAAAACAGGGAACAGGACAGGGAAAUGUCCUUGUUGCUUCGCGCCUUUGUUCUUCAGGAGCAGGUUUGAUUUUUAUAACUGGAAUUGAACAUUCAUAUUGACAUUGUGUGAACAUAUAAGAAGUGAAUUGUAUUGGAAUCUAAAAAAACAUUCCUUAUUUAUACAGUGGAAACAUAUUUAACAGUUUGCACUGAAAGGCAUGUUGUCUCUUAUGUAAAGAAAUGUUGUGUGAAUGUGGUGGAGCUUGCAUAUGAGACUGUUGCUAAAUAUUGUCUUACAGAGAAAAAAGACAACUUCCACUUUUUAAAAAAGCUUUGGUUUAGUUUCCCUGUUGUCUUUUCUGUUGCUGUUGCGUGUCCUCUUCAACAGAAAUAACACUAUUAGCUUCACUAAAAAAGCCCUGCGAUGUAUUCGAGCUUGAAGUGUUUGUUUGUAUCAGGUGGGAGCAACAUGGCAACCACCUGUUAAUAAUGUCCCAUUCUCCUAUGGAAACAUAAUUCUAAUGAUUAUUAACAUUGCAGUCCAACACAACAACCCAACACAAAAUACAGCCUACAAGCUGCAGAGCUGUUGGACGGCAUUCACAGUGUACUAUGACUGAUGCCUUUUUAACCACCAAUCUUAAGAUCACCUCCUUAAUGAACCAAUGCACACCUACUGAAUUAAAGAAAACAUUCCAACCUGAAAUCUGUUUGUUGGUAAAUCUUUUAUUUAAAUGUAAAGAUGAGCAGUCGUAUGUUCUUAGUUCAGUGUGUUACAGUUAGCCAUUAUUUUUUAUUUCCUCACUUUAAAGUUCCUGACCAGCGCAAGAUGAUGACUUAGUUUGGAAUAACAACCUGUAAGUGGAUUUUUUUAUCCUUCUUUUUUAUUAUUGUAGAAAAUCAGCUUUUUCAAAUACAAAAAUACAAUACAAAUUUUU